AUGCUCAAAGAUUCAGCUUCCAACACUUGCACACCUCCUUCGACGGAACCAGUUAAAACCCACCCGGAAGAAACUGGACUUUUUCAAGGACUGUGUAUUGAAACUGAAUGGCAUUACAGAGGGGUCCAGCUAAAGGCAUGGGGAAAGUACCCGGCGGAGAUUCGGGACCUGAGAGGUCUAGAGCAUGAAUGGGGACAUGACACUGAUGUUGAUGCAGUUAAAGUUUACGACUGUUCAGCCUUCAAGAUGAGAGUAUCCAAAGCAACUUUGAAUUUUUCGUUUGCCCCGUCGGAAAAAAGGUCGGAGAGGAGUAAAGACGACGGAAGAUUGCAGAAGUCCCAUAUUUGA